UAUGAAUAAAUUAGUAUCUACAUUUGCAAAGACUAUGUAAACUCAAGUUCCUCUUUAUUCAUAUCAUUUUCCUAAUGGAUCUGUUUAUAAUAAUGUAUUCAAAUAACAUUAAAUUUAGCCAGCUGUGACAGCCAAGAGAAUAAUUAAAGUGGUUGGAGAAAGAUUAAGAAAAAUCGAUCCUGAAAGAGUAUAUAAUUAAAUCAUUAAACUUUUUAGUGGGAAUCAACCCCAAUUACAUUUAAUACAAAUUGGAAUGAUGCUGCAGGAUAUGUAGAUGUAGCUACAUGUAUUCAUAUUCAUGAUGCUCUUGAAAAAGAAUUUGGAAUUGAAAUCAAGGACAGAGCCUUCUUGGUUUCAAGUAUUGAAACAGCAUUCUAUAUAGUAAACAUUCAUCACGAUAGUCAUUGAC